CACAGCAGUCGCCAAACGAGCAUCUAUUCUACGAGCUGCUGUUCUUCGUUUCCGAAGUCGGCACAACACUUCUACCCGGAGAGAGCAGCUAACCGGACGGACUAGACGCCCUUGUGUGCUGUCACCAACUUCGUAGCGAAAGCGGGCGAUAGAGCACUAUGUCGGUGAUUGGGAUAGACUUUGGGAAUGACACCUGUGUGAUCGGGAUGGCCGCCCGGGGGGGCAUCGACAUCAUCCUCAACGAGAAUUCGAACCGAAGGAACCCUACCCUGGUCUCUUUUCAGGGGAAGCAGCGGCUCAUGGGCGAGGGCGCCGCGAGCAUCGCCCGCAGCAACUUCAAGAACACCGCGCGGGAGGUGAAGCGGCUUGUGGGCCGCGUGUGGGGCACUCCGGACCUCGAGGCCGACCUCGCUCGAUUGCCCUUCAAGUGCAUCCAGCAUCCGGAAACCGGGGGCGUGGGCAUCGAGGUUAACUACGAAGACUCGAUCAAGGUCUUCACGCCAGAGCAAAUCAUCGCGUGCAUGCUCACAAAGUUGAUCGCGAUCGCAAAGGCGGCCAACAACGGCAUCGAUGUGGCGGACACUGUAAUGGCCAUUCCCGGUUGGUAUACGGAUGCCAUGAGGAACGCGAUGAUGAACGCGUGUUUGAUCGGAGGCGUGAACUGCCUCCGUCUCAUCCACGAGCACACCGCCACGGCGCUCGCGUACGGCAUCUACAAGUCGGCCAAGGGGGAGUUCUCCGAGAAGGAGCCUCAGUUUGUACUGUUUUUGGACGUCGGGCACUCUAGCUUCAGCGCCUCGGUUGUGACCUUUGUUCAGGGCUCGUUGACGGUGAAAAGCGCGGCGUUCGACAGCAAUCUCGGGGGGCGGGACAUGGACUGGGCCAUCGCACAGCACGCAGCCGACGAGUUCAAGGCCAAGACCGGGAAGGACCCGCGCACGAACCCUAAGGCGCUCUUGAAGCUCCUGGAGGCCGGUGAGAAGGCGAAGAAGCAGCUCUCUCCGAUGGGAGUGACAGACGCGCCGAUCAACAUCGAGUGCCUGUGGGAAGACUUGGACUACAAUGGGCGGCUUAGCCUGGAGCAGUUCGAAGCCCUCAUCAAGCCCAUCGUAGACCGAAUGGACGCUCCCAUCUUGAAGGCCCUUGCGGAUGCGGGUGUCACGAAGGAGCAGCUCGGUUCGGUGGAGAUUGUUGGCGGCUCUACGAGGGUACCGUUGGUGAAGUCUCACCUAGCCGAGCUGCUCGGGCGAGACAAGACCGCCAUCAACUUUGGUCUGAGCUGCACCCUCAACGCCGACGAGAGCAUCGCCAGAGGCUGCGCUCUCCAGUGCGCCAUGCUGUCGAAACGGUUUAAGGUGAAGGAUUUCUUAGUGAAAGAGAUCGUGCCCUACCCGAUCAAGCUCAGCUGGGAGGGCGAGGCCCCCGCGGACGCGGGCGCCGUGGAUGCGAUGACUACGGGAGAAGAGGCGGAAGACGAUGGUGCUAGUGCAGAGGCAGCUGCUGGGAAGAACUCGGUCAACAUCUUCGCCAAGGGUGACGAUACCCCCAAGGUCCGUCGCGUUAACUUGGUGAGGGACAAACCCUUCACGGUCACGGCUUCCUACGACACUGAGGCCGAGAAGCUCCCUUCCGGCUGCUCCUCGGAGAUCGGCACGUUCAAGGUGGACUUGCCGGAAGGCGCCGGUAUGUCCAAGAUCCGCGUGAACGUGAAGCACGACAUCCACGGGAUGUUCCAGGUGCAGUCGGCGGACAUGAUGCAGGAGGUCGUCAAGGCGCCGGAACCCGCACCGGCGAAGGAGUCCGAGAAACACACGGACGCCGCCGCCCCUGCUGCGGCUCCCAUGGACGUGGACGGCGGAAACGCGACGGGCGAGAAGGCAGCGGCGCCCGACGCGAACGGCUCCGCAUCUCCAACAUCUCCGACGGAGAACGGGGAGGGGCCGGCGGCGGUGGCGGAGGCUAAGGUGGACGAGGCCCCGAAGAAGAAGGUCUACACCAAGGUUCCCUUGAAGAUCGAUGCGAAGACCUCCGCCUGGAGCAAGAGCGAGAUCGACAGAGCUGUCGAGAUUGAGGCCCAGAUGGCAAACCAGGACCGAGUGUUGAAGGAAACGGCGGACAAGCGCAACGAGCUGGAGAGCUACGUGUACGCCAUGCGCGACAAGCUGGUGGGCUCGCUCCGCAUGUACAUCGAGGGGGAGGAGGCCGACAAGUUUGGCAGCAGCCUCACGGCAGCGGAAGACUGGCUGUACUCAGACGAAGGCUUCGACAGCACCAAGUCGGUCUACGCGGCCAAGUUGAAGGAACUGAUGGACCUCGGAAACCCUGUGGAGAGCAGGUUCUACGAGGCCAACAACCGCCAGGGCGCUGCCGCGGAGCUGCAAAAGGUGAUCGACGGUUACGUGAAGUUCGCCAACUCUUCGGAUGAGGCCUAUGCCCACGUCGAGGCCGAGGAGAAGGCUAAGGUACGAGACUGUGCCAAGACGGCGGAGAAGUGGUUGUUCCAGAAGCUCGACCAGCAAGCAAAUGUCCCUCCGUCUAAGGACCCGAUCGUCACGUGCGACGAGAUCAACAAGCAAGUCGUUGCGGUGCACGCCACCUGUCGCUCUAUCAUGAACACCCCCAAGCCCGCGCCGAAGCCUGCGGAGCCCCCGGCAGCUGCCCCUGCAAAGGAGGAGGCCAAGCCGGCGGGCGGGGAGGGGGAUGCUGCGACUGCCGCAGCAAGCGGGGAGAAGGGAGGAGAGAGUGCUGCUGAAGCAUCCAGUGCGAAGGCGGAAGGGGAAGCUCCCAAGUCCGGCAACAGCAUGGACGCCGAUACCACACCACAGGAGGCGGCACCACCGGCAGAUGGCGUGCCUCCCUCCAAGACUACCGCCGCUACAGCGGAGCCGGAGACGCCUACUCCCAUGGAAACCGACGAAGUGGAACAACUGGAGUAAAAAAACAAAACAAAAAUUGUGCCUUUCUUUUUGCUGGGGUGAAGUGGUUUUUGAAGGCGGGGAAGAGGAGAGCAAAAUGUGUGCUGUGUUUUGGGAAAAAAAUACUGGAGGGAUGGAAGCAAGCAGGCAGUACGCAUUUGGCUGGAUUGACGGAGUGAGACUGGGAGGGAGCAUCCACGAGUGUACUUGUUUUUUCAUGUCAUCUUUGCUUUUUUCUUUUCGCUUUUAUUCUAUCGAUAUUCUACCUCGAGUGAAGCAAUUUCUUCGUCGACUUUUGUGUCGCUCGGGUGGGAAGUUAGGGCGAGGUCCUUAGCAAGACCGGGGAGGGGUGGGGACGGGGGGCCCCUUGAGGUCUUGCCAUUCUCGAGGCUCCCUUCGUGUUUGCCAGUGGACAAAACCGUGGACGGAAAGCAUCCAUCGGCACCAAACAAGCUGCUGGCGUUGGUCUUGACGCUCUCCGUGUGGGUUGGUCCUUCUGGGAAGCUUUCUUGUGCCGCCUGUUUGUGUCGUUGGCCGCCGCCGCCGCCGCUGCCCGCAGCUUCUUGUCUCGUCGGCAAUUGGGCUCGCCCCCCGCGUGCCCACCGGGUCUGUAGGGAUGAUGCGAGGCCAAUGGUCUAGAGACUAAGGCAUGUCCAACUGUCGAGGACACCUUCCCGCCUUUCUGUCUGGUAGUACGCACUUCGACUUCCCGCGGCCUCAGCGGAUUUGUUUUUUGUAGCCCGGCGGGCGCACGAGGUGGAAUUGGAAUGGACGGGAGAAGGUGUUCCGAGGAUACUUGCUCAUCGGCGAAUGCCCGAUGGGAUGGGAUGGGGGGGGGUGGAAGGAGUUGCUACCUGUCGAGUUAAGUCGACGGAGAGGGAAUUCUGUGGGCAUACUACCAGUUUCGCAAGUCUCAAGUAAAAUAAGAUUGGGUGUAUGCGUGGUAUCAUGUUUUGGUUCUUCGGGGGUUGCGGUGGGUCUCCUUGUCUUGAUCCCGCCCUUCAAACUCUUGCGGUUUUUCUUUUUCGUCAUUUCACAAGAAUUAGCAGCAGCAGCACAGGUUCUUGCAAAGAUAAGGUUGCAAUCCGAUUGUGCCAUGCGGUAAUUACUGGUGUUGCUUGGGACGAAUGUAGAAGGUGGGCGCGGAGGCAAGGCGCACGGGAUAUAUGGGUAGUGAGAGUGCCUCGGGACGGUGACCGCGCCGUGUUCUUUUUCCCUCUUUUUUCUUAGAAUGGGUGCGCGAGGCCUUGAUGGAAUCGGUACUUCGCGGGGCAGGGCGCAGGCAUGGGGUCAAAAAACGAUGGACAUCUCCUUCAAACCUGUUAUGUUGGCGUUGGGUUGUCUCGAUACUCCAAAAACGGAUUGAGCGUCCUAUAGACUAAUAGGAAAACGUGGGGUUGGUUACCUACCCGCCCACCGCAAACAGUCGCGGUCUUGCCGUGUUGUUUUUGCCCGACUUUUCGUGUUUUCGACCCUUCUCUGCACCUCCGCCCACUACACAGGCCACCAUCGUAAAGUGAUAGGGUUCGAGGAGGAUAGCUAAGGUCCGAAUUAAGGCCUUCCCGCUAAAAAGAAAAAAAAAACUAGGGAAUGAGGGUAUGUGGGGAUCCACGGCUGGGCAACUACUUGUUGAUGAGGCUUUUCGCUUGAAAUGGGACCAUGAAGCCCACGCAGUCCCCGCGGGCGCAACGCCGUCAGGACGUUACGCGGUGCCUGCUGAAACCACCCCUAGUCAACGCGC